UGCCGACGCAUACACGUACUCUAACCGACUGUUACGGAGCCACAUCUCUUGCUGCCACCAUGUAUUGAUAAACUUCAUCGUGCAUGAUCACGCCGUAAAGGUAAAUUCGGCGCCACCCAAAACCGCCUCCAACUUCCAAUCUUCAACGAAUUGAUAUAAAGAGCAACGGAUGAACAAUAAUGGAGGGAGGAUGUCGCAGUUGAAAAUGUACCUCUGUCGCUGAUUAUGCUAACGUCACCACUUCCAAUCUUCAACGAGUUGAUAUAAAGUGCAACGGAUGAACAACAAUGGAGGGAAGAUGUCGCAGUUGAAAAUGUACCUCUGUCGCUGAUUAUGCUAACGUCACCACUUCCAAUCUUCAACGAGUUGAUAUAAAAAGCAACGAAUGAACAACGAUGGAGAGUGGAUGUCGCAGUUGAAAAUGUACCUCUGUCGCUGAUUAUGCUAACGUCACCAUGUAUAAUCAUAGUGCACGUGUUAGUCAGGCCGUCUAGUUAUAAAUGAGUGAGGAUUCCAUGACGAACCACUUAAAAUACAUAUCAAUAUAGUGUUCUCAUUGUACAGACGCCAAUGAGUGAGAAAUACACGGUCGACCAGUGCAUGCUUUCAGUUCAAGUUCCGAUCAAUAGCAUUCCGCGACGUUACUUUUUAUGGCUCACAAUGUCAUUUGAAUAAGACAUUGAUGACGUUUUAGUCACGUGACAGUCGGACAUCGACACUAAUUUCUACGCAUUUGAGCUUAUUUCAAAGUCAAUUAUCUUUGACCCUGCAUUGUUUUUAGCAUGAAUGAUACCAUAGAGUCAGAGAGAGACAUAUUCAGAACAAUUAUGUAGUAUUCCAACACUCGGACAUGUGCCAGAUUGAAUCUGACUGCCCUAGUUAGAAAGCCUGAAUCCAUUACGAAACCGCAUGUUUGUCCGACAUUGCCUGUAAUUCAGCGAUGGGGAAAUAGAGGGCAGCAGCUGCAGUGACCUCAUUAUCGCGGAAUGCUAUUCCGUGGUUGUUAAUUGCUUCUUUCUGUCUUGACUUAUCAGCAUUUAGAAUGGGCUCCUCUGUGAAUUCAAAACUUUGGAAAGCACUUGAUAAAGGUGACGUGGAUCUUGCAAGAAAGGCACUAAACAAUGGGGCGAAUAUCAAUCAGCGCAAUGAAGACAACAAGACGCCCCUAAUGAAAAGUGUUAUUAAUGGACAUCUUGAUGUUGUUACAUUUUUAUUGGAUAGAGACGCUGAUAUCAAUUGUAAGGACAGGGAAGGCAACACUCCUCUUCUUCUGGCCAUAAUGAGAGGCCACAUUGUUAUGGCAAGGAUGCUGGUGGAUAGAGGUGCUGGUAUCAAUAUCAAGAAUGGACGAGGUGAUAAUCCUUUACAUUUGGCUAUAAAGGGAGGACACAUUAAUAUGGCAAGGGUGCUGGUCGAAGGAUCGAGAGGGGCUGAUAUCAAUAUAAGGAAUGGGCGGGGUGACAAUCCUUUACAUCUGUCUCUAAGAGGAAGUCACAUUGAUAUGGCUGAGGAGCUGAUCGAAAUAGGUGCUGAUCUCAAUAUCAAAGAUGGGUCAGUUGGCAGUCCUUUACAUUUGGCCAUAUCAGAAAAUCACAUUGGAAUAGCAAGUAUGCUGAUCAAAAGAGGUGCUGAUCUCAAUGACUAUGAAUGGUGUGGUGACUACCCUUUGCACUUGGCCAUAAAAGGGUACCACAUUGACGUGGCAAAGGAGCUGAUAGAGAGAGGUGCUGAUAUCAAUAUAAAGAAUGUGCAUGAUGCCAGUCCUUUACAUGUGGCCAUAGCGGGAGGUCACAUUGAUAUGGCGAGGGAGCUGAUAGAUAGAGGUGCUGAUAUCAAUAUCGUGAAUGGGCGGGGUGCCAGUCCCUUACACUUGGCCUCGAAGGACGGUCACAUCGAUAUGGCAAGGAUGCUGAUUGAUAAAGAAGCUGAUGUUAAUAUCAGAGAUAUGGGAGAUGCCAGUCCUUUACAUUUGGCCGUAAAGGGAGGUCACAAUGAGACGGCCAUGGUGCUGAUCGAUAGAGGUGCUGACGUGAAUAUCAGGGAUAUGAACGGUGCCAGUCCUUUACAUUUGGCCACACUGAGGGACCCUAUUGAUAUGGCAAAUAUGCUGAUCGAGAGAAGUGCUGAUGUUAAUAUCAGGGAUAUGAACGGUGCCAGUCCUUUACAUUUUGCCACACGAACAGGCCGCAUUGAUAUGGCAAAUAUGCUCAUCAAUAGAGGGGCUGAUGUUAAUAUCAGUGAUAUGCGCGAUGCCAGCCCUUUACCUUUGGCUAGAGGGAUAGGCCGCAUUGAACGGCCAAAUGUGCGUGUUGACAAUCCUUUACAUUUGGCCAUAAGGGGCGGUCGAAUUGAUAUGGCAAGACUGCUGAUCGAUAGAGGUGCUGUGAUCAAUAUCAAGGAUGGAAAGGGUGACUAUCCUUUACAUUUGGCUAUAAGGAGAAAUCACGUUGAUAUGGCAAAGGAACUGAUCGGUGGAGGUGCUGAUGUCGAUAUCGAAGACAGUGGGGGUGCCCGUCCUUUACAUUUGGCCGUUAAUGGAGGUCAGAUUGAAGUGGUAAGGAUGCUGGUCGAUAGACGUGCUGCAGAUAUCAAUGUAACAACAAGCCUGGGUGACAGUCCUCUACAUUUGGCUGUAAAAGAAACCCACAUUGAUAUUGCAAGGGAGCUGAUUGCUAGAGGAGCUGAUGUCAAUAUCAAUGAUGUCUGGGGUGCCAGUCCUUUACAAAGUGCCGUAAAUGGAGGUCAUAUUGAAAUGGCAAUGGUGCUCUUUAAUAGAGGCGGUACUGCUGUCAGUGCCGAGGAUUCUCGAUGGGACAAUCUUUUGCAUUUGGCGAUUAAGACAGGUUGCAUUGAUGUGGCAAGAAUGCUGAUUCAUGGGGGGACUGAUAUCAACCUCAAAGAUAGUCUGGGUGAUAGUCCAUUACAUUUGGCAAUAAAGAGAGCUGAAGUUAAUAUGACAGGUUACAUUGAUGUGGCAAGAAUGCUGAUUCAUGGGGGGACUGAUAUCAACAUCAAAGAUAGUCUGGGUGAUAGUCCAUUACAUUUGGCAAUAAAGAGAGCUCAAAUUAGUAUGGCAGGGAGCUGA